UUACCGUUACCAUGGAGACGAUCCCGCCACAAGCGAGAGAUACACAAACAAACGGAUGAAAAGAUUAAAAAAACUACGAUGAACAACCAACGUGGAAAUGAGACAACGCGCGGGCACGUGGAGCAGGUGAGUGAAGUGCGCGCGGAUGUGAACGAAACCCAAACCCAGCCGGAAGAUGAGAGAGACGACAUCCAUGAAAUCCCGACUCUCCUGGGUUUAACCGUCCGAAGAUGUGAAGGAGGAACGUGCGCAGGCUGUCACGGAGAAGGCGUCGUUUAUUUUGAAGGUGGUCAUAUUUACAAGGGGACGUUGUCCAGGGGACUUAUGGAUGGACGCGGUGUCUUCACAGCAGCUGACGGCUUGAAAUACGACGGCGAAUUUGUGUGCAACAUGCCCUCGGGCAGGGGCACCUACACCUGGCCCGAUGGCAGCUCCUACGAGGGGGAGGUGCGCGGGGGCGUGCGGCACGGGACCGGCACGUACCGGUGUGAAGGAGGGUCAUACACGGGCCAGUGGGCCCAGGGGAGGAGGCACGGCCAGGGCGUCGUGUAUUACACGCAGAACAAGACCUCUUGGUACAAUGGCGAUUGGGUGAGGAACACCAGAGAGGGCCGCGGGGUGAGACGCUACCCCUCGGGAAACGUUUACUCCGGGGAGUGGAAGAGCAACCUGAGGCACGGCGAGGGCACCAUGACGUGGCUGAACGUGGGGCAGUGCUACGUCGGCACGUGGCGCGACGGAGUCCAGGUACGAGAGCGCGUAGGCGCCACGAGGCGCGCGGACGGAUCUUGGUGCUGGCAUCGGCGCACCGGGGAUAUCGUUCAGGGUCCUUGUGAAGAGGAGCGGAGGAGGAACCAGACCCACGGCGAGGUGGGCUCCCAGUCAGUGCACGUUGCUUCAAUGCACACUCAAACAUCUGGCAUCACGUGUGCCGCCCCUUGUAAGGACUGGGAUGGUUUUGAGGGCGAGAUGAUGACGCUCGACCUGACCGGUGACACAGCCUCCAGCGCUCUACCCGGUGAGUCCCCUGCAGCACGCCCAACGGCUCCAGCCCCGCGUCCACUCACACGUCCAUCCACCUUCGCAACAGACGUGCCUCUGGACAUCGAGCGUCUCCUGGAGAGGAUCCCCGAGACGGAGCGCAGCGCCGAGCUCAAACAGGUGGAGUUUGCGGUGCUGAGGAGAGCAGCAGAGCUGACGUCUUUGUAUAGUUUCUACAGCGGGCUCGGUCGGGCCCCCUCCCCAGACGACAGCCUCCUGCUGUCCCGCCUGCAGCUGUGGCGCCUCCUCAAAGACUGCAAGGUCCACCAUCACGGCAUCAGCCUGGCGCAGCUGGACCGCUUCGUGGGCGAGGACGCCCCCCCGGCAGAGACCCACUCCCCGUUCGCUCCCAUUCGUCUGCGUAGGCUCCUCAGCUGCCUCGUGAUCGUGGCCUUCCACCUGUACCACGAGGACGCGGCGUCAGAAAAGCACCUGCUGGCCGCCUGCUUUUCUACGCUGAUGACGGACAACAUCCUCCCCAACUACAAGGAGGUCAAAGGCUUCGUGUUCGGGCCGCCGGACCGCGGCGUGGGGGCCGCGAGCUACUGCAAGGAGAGCUGGGACGUCUAUCGGGCCCUCGACAGGGCGAAAGUGACCCCCAGAGGCCGGACCAUGACCUGCCGACACCUGCUGUGGAUGUUCAAGGAUCUCCGCUUGCUGGACUCCAACCUGACCCCAGCGAGACUACUGCAGAUCAUCACUGCAGAGAGCCGGGACUGCGACAACCCGUCCGCCUGUCUGGACAUGGAGAUCACCUUCCUGGAGUUCUUUGAGGUACUUCUGGGCUCCGCUGAGGCGACGUGUCAGCGGGGGCCUGAUGGGCCGGGGGGGGGCAUGUCCUCGCCACCAGGCCCCGAAGCCGAGGCCACCGAGGAUGUAACCCAGGGGGCCUCUCCGCCGAGUUCCCCCAUCGCUCCUGACGUGUGCAGCUCCACGUCGGUGGAGACAAAGUCACGUGAUGCAGCUGAAAUGUCCACUGAUCAGGAUGCUGAGAAACCUCCGUCUGCAGGGCAAAGCAGCGACAAAAAAGAGGAACCAAGCCGAGGAGCUGAGGCACGAGGCUGUGAGGUGGAGCUCUGGAAGCAGACGAUCCAUCGGUUCUUCAGACAGGUCUUCUUCCCGGCGUUUGAACACCACCAGCUGGUGUCCAGGAGAAACGCCGCCGGGAGGAACAGAGACUUCCUGCUGAGGCAAAGGCCCCCCCAGACCAGCAGUGCAUCUACAGCAACACACAGCUAGCGUUUCAGCUUGGUCAGUCGAGUAUUUCGUAAUCAAUGAAUUCUCCAGGCUUGGCCCCUAGAUGGCGUCACAUCACCUUUCUUCCCAGAAGCCCCCAUUCUGCAAUGGGGGCUGAAGACAAACAACUUUUCUGUCCCCGAACUACAGUGACCAAUAAAAUAAAAGCUUUCAUCUUG